CUUCGUUCGGCCCGUGGACUGCACACGAUGUGGCUAGUUUUUUUGAGCACGAAACACAGGGCCUAUGGCAUGGGACUUCCGUUCGAUCAACAGGAACAGGAAGUUCCUCGCUACCCAAGACGGCGAAAUAAAAACAUCCUGUGGCGAUGCAAUUUGAUUUCGAGAAACUGGUAGAUCGCGCGUACCACGGGCUUUGUUGAGCCGAGCUUUGUGGGUUUUAAUCGUUGAUAAAAGAACUUGGUUAUUUUUAUAACCCACUUGCAAUUUCGGUGGUCCAAGGUCGAACGACAAAUACUAACGCCUCAAAACAAGUCGUGUGCUGAUGCCUCCAACCAUUCAGGAAAAAUCUGCUACUGCUAUUAUGGAUAAUCUCAUUUUAGAACUCAUCUACACGAAGAGAACUAAGCACAAGACACAAAGAUGCAAACUGAAAGCAUAUCUGCCCAUGAUAUUGAGGAUCUGGACCCAGAUGCUCUCAUACCGGUGGAGAUAUUCUCUUGUGUCACUCCUCGUUCAAGAUCCCAAGAGACAAUAUCGGUAGUAGAGCUCGGCAAGCAGCUAUUAGUUAGUGCAAAAACUGGAGAUAUUGAGACUGUUCGUGAACUUAUGAGUAGAGGUGCACCGUUUAGUACUGAUUGGCUUGGUACUAGUGCACUCCAUUUAGCUGCACAAUAUAAUCACAGGGAUAUUGCUGAGAUAUUACUCAGAGCUGGAAUGUCGAGAGAUGCUAAGACCAAGGUUGAUAGAACUCCGUUACAUAUGGCAGUAUACGAGGGCCACUGUCAAAUGGUACAGUUGCUAUUAUAUCAUGGAGCAGAUGUCGAUAGCAGAGACAUGUUGAAAAUGACUCCGUUACAUUGGGCGGUAGAACGUGAACAUGUAAGGAUAAUACAUACUUUAUUGGAGCAUGGAGCUGAUCCAGGGGCGAUUAGUAAAUUCGGCAAAACUCCUAUCAGCCUUGCAUUGGAGCACGAUAGAUUAGAUCUAGUGGAUAUAUUACAACAAGAAAGGGAAAUAGUAGGUAUUAAAGCUCACCAGCAAAGCGAAGCUAAUUCUGCAGAAUUGGAAGCAGCUACGCAUAAUUUAAUGCAAUUAGAGGCUGAUGAGAUAAAGAAUAAAUUGGAAUCGUUGGAGCAGCUAUCUUUGCCUAAACAAAAGCUUACCCAAGCUCAAAGUGAGGGAAAGCCAAAAAUGAUCUUUCAACAGAUUCGUGUAUCACCUAGUGGCAGUGAGCAAGAAAAGGAAAUGGAUGAUAUUGAAAUGAUCAAUAUAAACGAUACUAUAAACAGUAAAAAACAUAAAGACAUCUCGUCGAUAGGAAAUGUUAACAAACAAUUUAGACUGUUAGAAGCGCAUGGGAUCACGAUGAUACCUGUUGACGAUGAAUCAUCUAUAGUAGAAAAUGCAAUGGAAAGUGGAAGAACGGUGGUUUUAACAGAAGCUGGAAAACUCGCUUUAAAUUCAACUAGAGGUUCGUUUAAUAUAAGACGAAUUCAAGUUUCUCCCCGAAAAGGAACGGCAAGAAAAGUCAUAGCAAUUAAAGCGAAUCAAAUCGUAAGUCAAAAUAUACCUACCGUUACGUCACGGGCUCCAAAUAUCUUGAAAAGAUCUUCUAUAGAUAGCAAAGCUGGAAAAGUACUUCUUACAACGGUUCCUAAUACUACGACAGUACCAACUGUUAGUGAAUCCAGCAAUUCCUCCUUUUCAACAAGCGAGAAUAAAGCUGUGACUUCUACGAAGGUCGCUGAACCAAUAAUUUUAAAAUUAAACGAUGACAUAGAAGAAGUUACCGAAGAGGACAACCUAGAAGACUCUAAAGCAGUAACAGACAUUGCGAAAUUGACUAAGCAGUUAAUGGAGACACAAAGACAAGCAGCCGAAUAUUUUAAGCAAUACAAAAAAAAAGAGAGGGAAGUGGAAAUAUAUAAACAGCAAAUCAAGAACCUCACGGCGCAAAAACACAUCUAAACGAUUUUGUACAAGUAAGAGUUUUUUUUAUUCAGUUUCUUAAUUUGUAAAUCGAAUCUAUUUAUAUUGGAAGACGUUUUAUUUUAUUAUCGGGUUCUCGAAGAAUUUCAAUCGAAAUUUUCUCUUUAUAUCUCAAUUUAUUUUGUUUGCACAAAUAUCACGAGCUUCGUAAGAAUUUGCCAUAUUCGUAAUUCAUUGUAUACAACUUUACAACAAAUAGCUAUAAGAGACCGAAUGUUCCCUGUAAAAAACAUUUCCUUGUGAAACGUUCAUUACGCAAACUUGAUUUACAUUUCAUCAGUAGUUAUGAAUAAUUUCUUUUACCAUAUACGUGUAAAUAUAAAAGAUAUAUUAAUCAUAUGUGAAAUAUAUGAAAUGAAUUGAGUAAAAUUGAUAAGACAAAUCUACAGGAGCAAUAGAAACGAUAAAAUCAUAAUUUGACGAACUAAUUUAAAGAAUAAUGUAUAAAUAUAACAAUUAUUUUGUUUCCUGCAGAUGUGUCAUGUAAAAAUUAAUAAUUAAUCUGUUUUUCAAACUAAAAUUAUUAUAUAUAGCUAUCAGGUCAUACACAUGUUGAGCAAAAGUAAUUAAAUUUUUGAUUGGAUAAAAUUUCGGAUAAUUCUGUAGAAUUAUUUAGUAUAUGAUAUAUACUAAUCGUUCAACCCGACAUAUAUAUAUUGUGAGUAUUUACACAAAGUAUGUCUCGCUACUCCUCUCUUUGUAAUAGGUGUAAACGUAAAAAUUAAAUUUUGAUAUGAAAAUUUGAUAUGAAAAUUUUAAGCGGCAAUGACCAAAGUAAUUAAGGCUGCAAGAAAAAAAGAGAGAAAAAAAUGAUAACAGAUAAUUAUUUUACUUCAAUUAUAUUCUGUGUAGAUGAGGAUGUUGAUUGUGCCAGUUAUUUCAUGACACUUAUCAAACAUGUCAAUCAUUUCUAUAUUCUAUGACGGUCAUUAAAUAGCGAAUAGGAAAUAUGCGAAGUACAGUGCGGAGACUUGUACCGUUAAUAUUUAUAAACCAUUUACGGUCUAUUUUAUACAUAUUCUACUUUUAUAUCGCAAAUUAUGCUUCUACGACGACUGUUACGAUUGGUUACCAGACACCGAGAGAUAAGGAAUAUAUUCCGAGUUGUUGAAUCUAAUAUGAAGUCCAUGUAUAUAUUUAUACAUACAUAUAAACUUUUGGAGUUAUGAUCAAUAUCGCCAGAUUUGCAUAUUGUUACAUACAUACAUCAGACAUUCACGAUGUUCUGUACGCUUGUAAGUAGAACUUACAAUGUACGAUUUAGCCGAACUUCCGACGAUGUAUGAAACGCGCGUAAAAUAAAUUCGCGCGCUAUUCGAUGCGCUGCUGCGCAUUACUUCGUAUACUUCACACGUUUUAAAACGAAAUGGUUGCAUUCCAAAUAAAUUUCUCAGCAGCUACCUCACAACUACGAUUUCAACGCGAUAAUCGCGUCAGCUCUUGCGAAAAUGCAAGGGAAUCCAAAUUUUUUGUAUGUAAUUCUUUUAAUUAAUUAGUUCUUGGAACAACUGUUUGAUAACACGCAAUAGCUUUCAAGGCGCUAUCGAUCAGAAAUGCGAAAUGAUUUUACGUACAGCAGAUGUGAAGAGGAGAGUAGUUGAUGAGAUUUCAGGUACAAAAAAGAAACGACGAGUUGUUUAAAACGACACAAAGUUGUGGAAUGCAACGAGUUACGCUAGAUAAUAUAGGCUAAGACUUUUUUUUAGUAAUGUACAUUGUAAAUAUAACUUUAUACAUACGCCAAUAAAGAUUGUUGAUUACAAGUUAUGAAAAUAUCAGGAGUAAAGGCUGUGCGUAAAAGUACUUUGCGUCGAUAUUUGAUAUUGUGUCGAAGUUAUGAUCAGCAAUGUAAGCGUGAAUACUGCAAAAAUUAA